AUGGGGGAGCGCAAAGGUCAGAAUUUUUAUUAUCCUCCGGAUUUCGAUUACAAGAAGCAUAAAAAUUUGAACAAAUACCAUGGUACUCAUGCUUUACGAGAACGAGCGAAAAAGAUUUCGCAAGGAAUUCUCAUCAUCAGGUCGGUUCCCAUCGGAGAGCACUCCGAUGGGAAGAAUGCUCCACUAGGAGACAAUAGAAAGCCACCGACGAUCCAAAAGAUCAGAGAUGACAACGAUUUUCCGACAGAACUCGAUGAAGUGUGGUGA